AUGGCCAUCCCCGCCAGUAUUAGUGCGCUAACCGACGAGUUGGUUGCGACCGUCGCUAACGUUGAUAAAAGAACCCCCCGUUUCAAAAUCCUGAAACGUCGUACCGAGGAUACUUUAAGAGCGAAUGCUCAUGGCCGUACGGACCAGUUUGCGGUGGCCAAGCAGCUAGAGGGACUUCAAGAAAAGUUCCAGGUCCUCAAUAAAGAUGACUUAGCAGACGCUCUCCGCGCCCGUCUCACGGAGUUAAAUGAACAUCGGGACUCCUGUUUCCCUGAGAUCCUAUCGUUGUUGCUGCAGCUUGCUGAUCGCCCUGCUCAGUUGUCAAAGGUAGAUCGCAUCGAGAGGCCGAAGCCUCAGGAGCACGUGGAAUCCCUAUCUUGGACAGAGUUAGAUGUUUCCGGAACUGCGUAUUGUGAGGAGGAUAUAUGGGAAUCUGUAGACUUCGGCGCUGGAUCCUCCGAGGAUGACCUCUCGUCCGUAUCAAGCGAUAGCUAUCAUGGACGCUCUUUACCUCAAACCUCCAUAGCCCUAGAAGAGGACUACGUGAUUCCAGAGGACCUAUUCUCUUCGGGAGAAGAUGAAGACCUGGUGGAAUCGAUCAAAAGCGCCCAAUUCUGGCGAAAUGAAACCAGUGCCGGUAGUGAACUGCAUGGAGGCAAUUCCUCUCAAGUACUCACAGAGCUUCAGAUCGUAAGAGAGACAAUAUUCAUGCUACAAGGCCUACCUACAUCCUUGUUUUGGCGUCUUCAUGAAAGCGUUGAGGUAGACCGAAAAUACUCACUCGCACACUUAUCAAGUGAAACGCUAUCUUCAUUACUACGUUCGUUCUGCUCAAUUGGGUCUAAAAUAGACAUCUUAAGACGAUACAACCAAGUCCCGCGGGUCAUUCCUUACCUGCAGACUUUCCACCGAGGCAUUGAAGAUCGCCUGCGCGAGUUUGAUGGGUUCUUGUCUAAUGUGCAGUCACAGUACCUAUCGCAAUCCGCAACUAUUGCGGUCAGUCUUCUGCAGCUAUACGAGAGCGUUCUCCGUGAAUCGAAGCUGCUUCUUUUAUUAGCAGAAAUUGUAUCUAAUCUCAGACAUGACGCAUCAGAUAGUCCAGUACGUUGUCUUGACCUCCUCUACGACUCCGUCUGCAUGACGCAGGCUACCGGUGACGAAAAUGAGUUCAAGUUCCUAGCUCAACUGUUCUUUUCGUGCUUCGAAACUUACGCACGCCCAAUUCGCCUUUGGAUGGAAAAGGGAGAGUUAGAGGAAUCCCACCAAGGCUCAUUUUUUGUCCGUGACAAUCGCAAUAAUGACCAAGACCUACGAACCUUAUGGCAUGGAUGGUAUACGUUGGACGAAUCAGCGUGGUUUUCAAGUGCGCCGAAAUUUGUCCAACCUGUCGCUCGCAAGAUAUUCGUCGCAGGCAAAAGCAUGGUUUUCCUGCGACACUUGGAUGUGUCGGAGGGCGAGACACACGCAAGAAAGAGCUCAUUAACACUUGGGGACGUAUUCCCAGAAGAAUCUGCCUCCAUUUACAUGCCGUUCUCAGCAUUACUCGACUCGGCCUUUGGGCGAAUAGUCGACGAGAACCACUCUUUCACAUCAUCGCUGUUGCGAAGAGAGCUUGAUCAGCAGUGUGGGCUAGGGGUCUCCCUCCAAGCGCUGGAACAUAUCUACCAUUGCAAAGACAUGAGCGUGUUCGGGCCCAUCGAUCUUAAAAUAUUCGACCUUAUCGACCGAGGCCGGGGAGCCUGGGACGAUCGGUAUCUGCUCACGGAACUCGCCCAGAGCGCAUUCAGCACUUUACCCUUCAUCGACCCAUCCAGAGUAAUAGUCCGGUCAUCCAAAGACCCCACCAGCAAACAAAACACCCACAGUCGCUCCGUCAAGCUCCUCCAAGCCAUCUGCUUCGACUACAUCCUCCCCUGGCCCGUCGCUAACAUCAUCACGAAAGACGCCAUCCUAAGCUACCAACGCCUCUCGACCUUCCUCAUGCAAAUCCGCAGAGCAAAACAUACCAUCGUAAAACAGCGUCUACAAUACUCCUCCCAACCCUCCGAACCCAGGAAGAGCGCCCAGGCCUACGCCCUCCGACAUCACAUGCUCUGGUUCCUCAACACGCUCUACAGUCACAUGACCGACUUCGUCAUCUCAACUACCACCGCCUCUCUCCGAAAAGACCUCGCAGCCUGCAACGACGUCGAUACUAUGGUGUCCGUCCACCAAUCUUACAUGUCCUCCCUGGAAGACCAAUGCCUUCUCUCCCAAAACCUAGUCCCCCUUUACGAAGCAAUCAUCUCCCUCCUUGACCUCUGCAUAUCCUUCUCCGAUCUCCAAUCUACUCGCUAUAACCAGACCAACUCUGCCCAGAAGGAGUACGGCCAGGACAAAGACCAGAGUGACGAAGAGGAAGACGAAGACGAGGAGCUCGAACACGAUGAUAGACACACCCCCGUUCACGAAACACAAUACUUCCAGCAAGUGAAAACGACCCAAGAUCAGUUCAAUCAACUGGUCGGUUUCCUGGCUGCUGGACUGAAGGGCGUGGGUCGUGCGAAUGCGCAGGUUAGCUGGGAGAUUUUGGCUGAGCGGUUGGAGUGGAGGAAGGAGCGGACGGCGGAUCAUGUAGGACUAUAA